AUGCUUGGAGAGCUUGGUUCGGUUGGUGAAGAUGGCUCAGUUGGAGAGCUUGGUUCUGUUGGCGAGGAAGGCUCGGUUGGAGAACUUGGCUCAGAUGGAGGGAUAUCCGUGGGAGAACCCGGAACAAUUGGCUCAGAUGGAGAGCUUGGCUCGGUUGGCGAAGAUGGCUCACUUGGAGAGCUAGGUUCAGUUGGUGAAGAAGGCUCGGUUGGUGAAGAUGGCUCACUUGGAGAGCUUGGUUCGGUUGGCGAAGAUGGCUCGGUUGGUGAGCUUGGUUCAGUUGGUGAAGAAGGCUCGGUUGGUGAGCUUGGUUCGGUUGGUGAAGAUGGCUCACUUGGAGAACUUGGCUCGGUUGGAGAGCUAGGUUCAGUUGGUGAGCUUGGCUCAGUUGGAGAACUUGGCUCGGUUGGCGAGGAAGGCUCGGUUGGAGAACUUGGCUCAGUUGGUGAAGAUGGCUCACUUGGAGAGCUUGGUUCGGUUGGCGAAGAUGGCUCACUUGGAGAACUUGGCUCGGUUGGAGAGCUAGGUUCAGUUGGUGAAGAUGGCUCGGUUGGAGAGCUUGGUUCGGUUGGAGAGCUUGGUUCAGUUGGUGAAGAUGGCUCGGUUGGAGAGCUUGGUUCGGUUGGAGAGCUUGGUUCGGUUGGCGAAGAUGGUUCACUUGGAGAACUUGGCUCGGUUGGAGAGCUAGGUUCAGUUGGUGAAGAAGGCUCGGUUGGUGAGCUUGGUUCAGUUGGAGAGCUUGGUUCAGUUGGAGAGCUUGGUUCGGUUGGUGAAGAUGGCUCACUUGGAGAACUUGGUUCGGUUGGUGAAGAUGGCUCACUUGGAGAACUUGGCUCGGUUGGUGAGCUUGGUUCAGUUGGUGAAGAAGGCUCGGUUGGUGAGCUUGGUUCGGUUGGUGAAGAAGGCUCGGUUGGUGAGCUUGGUUCGGUUGGUGAGCUUGGUUCAGUUGGCGAGGAAGGCUCGGUUGGAGAACUUGGCUCGGUUGGUGAGCUUGGUUCAGUUGGUGAAGAUGGCUCGGUUGGAGAACUUGGCUCGGUUGGCGAGGAAGGCUCGGUUGGUGAGCUUGGUUCAGUUGGUGAAGAUGGCUCGGUUGGAGAGCUUGGUUCGGUUGGCGAAGAUGGCUCACUUGGAGAACUUGGCUCGGUUGGAGAGCUAGGUUCAGUUGGUGAAGAAGGCUCGGUUGGUGAGCUUGGUUCAGUUGGUGAAGAUGGCUCGGUUGGAGAGCUUGGUUCGGUUGGAGAGCUUGGUUCGGUUGGCGAAGAUGGUUCACUUGGAGAACUUGGCUCGGUUGGAGAGCUUGGUUCAGUUGGUGAAGAAGGCUCGGUUGGUGAGCUUGGUUCGGUUGGUGAAGAAGGCUCGGUUGGUGAGCUUGGCUCACUUGGAGAGCUUGGUUCGGUUGGUGAAGAAGGCUCGGUUGGUGAGCUUGGUUCAGUUGGCGAGGAAGGCUCGGUUGGAGAACUUGGCUCGGUUGGAGAGCUUGGUUCGGUUGGUGAAGAAGGCUCGGUUGAUGGCUCACUUGGAGAACUUGGCUCGGUUGGAGAGCUAGGUUCAGUUGGUGAAGAAGGCUCGGUUGGUGAGCUUGGUUCAGUUGGUGAAGAAGGCUCGGUUGGUGAGCUUGGUUCAGUUGGAGAGCUUGGUUCGGUUGGCGAGCUUGGCUCAGUUGGAGAGCUAGGUUCGGUUGGCGAUGAAGGCUCGGUUGGAGAGCUUGGUUCGGUUGGUGAAGAUGGCUCCGUUGGCGAAUUUGGUUCGGUUGGAGAGCUUGGCUCCGUUGGAGAACUUGGUUCGGUUGGCGAGCUAGGUUCGGUUGGAGAACUUGGUUCAGCUGGCGAAGAUGGCUCAGUUGGGGAGCUUGGUUCCGUUGGUGAGCUUGGCUCAGUUGGUGAGCUAGGUUCGGUUGGCGAGCUUGGUUCAGUUGGAGAGCUAGGUUCGGUGGGCGAAGAAGGCUCAGUUGGAGAGCUUGGCUCCGUUGGAGAGCUAGGUUCGGUCGGCGAAGAUGGCUCAGUUGGAGACGAAGGCUCGGUUGGAGAACUUGGUUCAGUUGGCGAAGAUGGCUCAGUUGGAGAACUUGGUUCAGUUGGCGAAGAUGGCUCAGUUGGAGAACUUGGUUCAGUUGGCGAGCUUGGCUCAGUUGGAGAGCUAGGUUCGGUUGGUGAAGAUGGCUCACUUGGAGAACUUGGCUCGGUUGGAGAGCUUGGUUCGGUUGGUGAAGAAGGCUCGGUUGGUGAGCUUGGUUCGGUUGGUGAGCUUGGUUCAGUUGGAGAGCUAGGUUCGGUUGGCGAAGAAGGCUCGGUUGGAGAGCUUGGUUCGGUUGGUGAAGAUGGCUCAGUUGGCGAACUUGGUUCGGUUGGAGAGCUUGGCUCCGUUGGAGAACUUGGUUCAGUUGGCGAAGAAGGCUCAGUUGGAGAACUUGGUUCAGUUGGUGAAGAAGGCUCAGUUGGAGAACUUGGUUCAGUUGGCGAAGAUGGUUCGGUUG